GACGUAUCUGGAAAAGCUAAGGACAAAGCAGUAGCUCUUGGUGUUGCCAUCGGAUCUGGCUACCUCUACGAGACCACUUUUCAAAAAGAAGUUUAUUCAGACCUUGUAGGGGAACGGGGAGUACUUAUGGGCGCGAUUCAAGGUUUAUUCCUUGCUCAAUAUGAGGUAUUGCGAGCAAACGGACACUCCCCUUCUGAAGCGUUUAAUGAAACUGUCGAAGAGGCAACACAAUCUUUAUAUCCCUUAAUUGGACAAAACGGCAUGGAUUGGAUGUAUGCUGCAUGUUCGACGACGGCGCAAAGAGGAGCCCUCGACUGGUAUAAACCAUUUCACGAUGUUACCAAACCUGUCUUUGAAAAAUUGUAUGCUUCAGUCGCAGAUGGAACAGAGACGCGUCGCACAUUGGAUAAAAACUCUUCACCUACAUACCAAGAAGACUUAGAGAAGGAAUUGAAAGAAAUUAGGGAAAGUGAAAUGUGGAGAGCUGGUAAGACUGUACGAAGUCUCCGUCCUGAACGAAAAAAUGAUUAG